AUGGAGCACGGUCGUGUCGCCGGGAAGCCCAAGGUGGUGUUCGUGCUCGGCGCCACGGCCACCGGCAAGUCUAAGCUCGCCAUCGCCCUCGCCGAGCGCUUCAACGGCGACGUGAUCAACGCCGACAAGAUCCAGGUUCACGACGGGGUCCCGAUCAUCACCAACAAGGUCACUGAGGAGGAGAAGGCCGGGGUGCCCCACCACCUCCUCAGCGUGGUCCACCCCGACGCCGACUUCACCGCGGAGGAGUUCCGCCGCGAGGCGGCCGGCGCCGUCGCCCGCGUGCUCUCGGCGGGCCGCCUCCCCGUCGUGGCCGGCGGGUCCAACACCUACAUCGAGGCGCUGGUGGAAGGCGACGGCGCCGCCUUCCGCCUGGCGCAUGACCUCCUGUUCGUCUGGGUGGACGCCGAGCAGGCGCUGCUCGAGUGGUACGCGGCGCUGCGCGUGGACGACAUGGUGGCGCGCGGGCUGGUCGACGAGGCCCGCGCGGCGUUCGUCGGCGACGGCACCGACUACUCCCGUGGCGUCCGCCGGGCGAUAGGGCUCCCGGAGAUGCACGCGUACCUGGUCGCCGAGCGCGAGGGAGCCGCGGGGGCGGCCGAGCUCGCCGCCAUGCUGGACCGCGCGGUGCGCGAGAUCAAGGAGAACACCUUCCGCCUCGCCCGCACCCAGGCGGAGAAGAUCCGCCGCCUGAGCUCGCUCGAUGGCUGGGACGUCCGCCGGGUCGACGUCACCCCCGUCUUUGCGCGCAAGGCCGACGUCGGUGCUGGCGAUGACGACGACACCUGGAAGAAGCUCGUCUGGGAGCCUUGCCAGGAGAUGGUGAGAGCUUUCCUCGAGGAGACGACCCCCCGUCCGGCUGCCGCCGGCGGUGAUGCCGGUGUCGUCGUCGCCUCCGCAGCCACAGCCCCUGACGUCGCCAUUGCCGCCGGUGCUGGCGAUGCCACGGCGAACACUAUCAUCAUCUAA